AUACGUCCACGAGCGUCACUUACUGACGUCACUUCCUCAUGAGCUCCGUGGAAGAGAAGCAGGAAAAGACGCGAGUGAGGUUCCAUAUCUGAUUCUUUAUUAUGAAACGGCACUGAGUGUGUGAGUCGAGUGUGGCGUUCAACAUGGAGAAAUUUGGUAUGAGCUUCGGCGGAGGCCUGAGCAAAAAAGAACUGCUUGAAACUAUUGAGAGUCAGAAGAAGCAGCUGAUCCAGUACCAGACCCGCUUCAAAGACAUUGUUCAGGCCUAUAAGAGUUUAGUGAAGGAGAAGGAGGCGUUAGAAGCUAGCUUGAACGUGCUGACUGUGUCUGCACAAUGCCCAGCACCCACCGAACAUACUGAAGACCAUGGAUCGCUUCACAGUGAAGACAGUCUGGACGCUGCUGAAUCCGGUGUUGAAAGUGUUGUGACGAGCAGCAGCACUCAGAGUGAUGCAGCAGAUGAAGAUCAGGCCAGCCAUGGAGAAGGUAACGCGAUGCUUCCGCAGUCAGAGAAGAGUGAACUGGAGAACGGUGUUAUUUCUAGCAGCACCGCAACUGUGGAGCCAACUGUAACCGCAACAAAUGCAGAAUCAGACCGCCGGUUGAUCCAACUAAAGUCCCAGCUAUCUACUUUGACUACCUCUUUGACCACGGUUACGCAGGAAAAGUCUCGGAUGGAAGCCUCUUUCCAAGCCGAUAAGCGUAAGAUGAAGCAGGAGUUGGAGGAGGCACGGGAAAGAGUAGAGGAGGAGCGUAAACAGCACCAGUUUGAACUCCAGGCUGUACAGGAGCAGCUAGCAGAGAGCAGAGCACGCGUGAUUAUGCAGCAACACCAGCAUGAUCAAGACCAGCACGACCAUGGCCACAUGCUUCGUGAACUCCAGAAACUCCUGCAGGAAGAGAGGAGCCUUAGGCAGGAUGCCGAACUUAAGUUGGAGGAUGUCAGGAAAACCUUUGCAGAAGCCAUGCAGAGUCAAGACUGUGGGUUAGAUUAUGAAGAGCGGUUAAGGCAGGUUACUCAGGAGUGUGAAACAUUGAGAAUGAGCCUCCAGGUUCUGGAGGCGGAGAGAAGCAAGCCUGAGCAUCGGGUGAUGGAACUGCAGCAAGAGAUUGUUGAUCUGAAGGCACACUUUAACCAACAGCUUCAACAGGAGAAUCGAAAGGUUGCUCAGGCAGAAGCCUGCUUGCAGGAGCAGGCACAGCUGGAGGAGCAGCGAGUGGCAAGUCUAGAGGAGCGGGUUUCUGAGCUGUCAGGGCUGUUAGGUGCCUGUGAGAAGGCCAGGCAGAAGGACCAGCAGAAUGCUCAGAGGCUACGCGAGCAUAUCCUCCAGCUGGACGCAGAGAACAAGGCCCUAGCUAUCACGGCCAGCACUACCAGGACCACCUCGUCUGAGCUUGGCAUUGAUGAAACGAAUCUGGACGUGAACACACUGAAGAACAAGCUGGAGAAGGUGAAGAAGUUGUUGCAGCUGGUUGCACAGAAAUCUCCAGAACAACGUUUGGAAAUUGAGAAAAUAAUGGAUGGAGCAGGAGGACAGGAUGCAGAGAAGGCCUAUCAGCAAGAGCUGCGGCAGCUGAAGGAGGAGUUUGAACGAUACAAAGUGCGAGCACAGGUGGUACUAAAGAAUAAAAAUGGCAAAGACAGCGCUCAGACCAAGGAGCUUGAGGAAGCUCGGGACCAGCUGGCCGAACUGAAAGAAAAGUACAUCAACCUUCGUGUCCAAUCAGAUGAAGCCAUUGUGAAACAUAAACAGGAGAUUAAGGAGCACCAAGAAGCACUGACGGCCCUUCAUCAGGCUCAUAAGCAGGACCUGGAGAAGCUAGAGGCUCAGCACAGAGAGAACUUUUUGCACCUUGAGGAAGAGCUGCACAAGCAGAGGGAGCGCACCAUGGCAUUACUUGAAGAAAAGGACCUCGAGCUAGAAAAACUACGAGCCGAAAGCACUCAAGGACAGAUCGUAAGUGAUGGUGCAGCAGAGAGCGAAGUUAAAGGGGAUGUCGAGUUCGAAAGUGGAGAUUGUGAGAUGAUUGCUCACACGCUGAAGCUAGCCAGCCCCCCAAAAAAUAAUUUGCUGCUGUAUGCUGAACAGCUGGCUCGAAAUGAGGUGGAAAUUUCUGCCUUGCGCAAACAGAAGCAUCAGCUGGAGGAAGGUUUGCAUCAACUACAGGGAAAAUUGUUUGCUAAUGAAGAGAGGCACAAGGAGGAAAUGGAUGAGUUGCAGGCACAGCUGGACAAGAGGAUUCGUGACCAGAGCAGAGACGGUGCUAAUUUAGAAUACCUCAAGAAUGUCAUCUAUAGAUUCCUUACACUACAAGACUCAAAAGGACGGCAGCAGACCCUCAUGGCCAUCCUGACCAUCUUACACUUCAGCCCUCAAGAAAGGCAGACCGUCAUGACGCAACAAGUGCAGAGCUGGUGGACGCCCAGGAAGAGAUGAUGCUGACGUUUAACAUUCCAGUUCAUUAAUUUAUUUUAUACUUGCUCAUUUCUUGUUUUUUUGCUUUUUGUGCAUUUAUCAAAUGAUGGGUGCAGAAUUGUUGUUCAUGUAGAGUAAUUCUGUUCUGGUAAAGGUGGUAACCUUUCAGUGGAUUUAAAAAAAAUUCUGACGUUCCAGGUAGAUAACUCUCCAAAUUAUUUAUUGGCUAGUAAAUAAUUCAUAAUAAAUCAACAAUCAAUGAUUUAAUUUCCCCCUUUGUCCAAGAUUAGUCAACAGUACAUUAACAGCUUGUAUAGAAGUGUGUGCAUAUACGCUUAUAAACAUAAGCAAUAUUAAAGAAAGGCAGCCACUGUUUUUUUGGGUUUUUUUUGGUGGGGGGGUUACACUCAGUAGUAUUCUAUUUCUUGGUAAUUGGAUUAUGGUCAUGAUCAUGAUUUCAUUGCAGUACUGAGUAACUGAGUAGCCACUGAAAUGGUUCUGAUAAACAAUUCUGAUUAUUACUGAAUAAUAUCAUUUUGUGACCCUGUAACUACCAUCAGUGAAAUAAUCAUUUUCCUGUGAUAAAGUCAGAAUUGUACAAUUUUGUGCAUGAAAACCGCCACUGUGUCGCUACCGAGUUACAUUGUCCCUUAAAUUCCUCACAGCUAUAAUUGUAAUUUAUGUCAUGGUGUAAUCCUUUCGUGUGAUGUAUGUUUGGUAGAUCAAGUCUUGAUUACUUACUUUCAGGAUGAAUUAUUCAGUGCCUUAUUAAAUGUUAGAUACAUCAAGACAGCAGUUUUUUUUCUUAAUAAUACGAUGAUUCUGUACAGUCACUGUGUACAAAUAUAGCAAACAGAACACUUUUAUUAACACAUUUUCAUUAACACACUUGUACAUUAAGAUCAACUGAAACUCUCAGUGUCUGCUAACAGUUUAAUGAAAACACCCAAGAAUA